CUAACUAGCUAAAACAUGAUUAUGUGAUCUGCCAACUAGCCAAUGCCUUUGUUGGUUCAUGGACCAUACUAGUGUGAAGCUACCAAACUAACCAUUCUAGCUAGUGUUGUUAGCUAGCUUAUUUUAACGAAAUACCCAUGCUACUAGCUGGUGUUGGCUAAAUAACAAUGCUAGGUUAACUGGCAAAAUCUCAAUUCUAUGUUAGCUAGCGUUAGCUAGCUAAUGAUUGCUAAAUGACCACACUAGUGUUAUCUAGCUAGCUAACUAGCUAAAGAAUGUAAUAUGAUUUGCUAACUUGUGACGCUUGUGUUGGUUAAAUAACCAUACUAGUGUGAAGCUGUCAAACUUAACAGGCUACCUAGUGUUGUUAGCUGACUAACCAUUCUAGUAUUAGCUAAAUAUCUAUGCUAGUGUUACCUAGCCCUUAAAUAACCAUGCUACAAUCUAGAGUUGGCUGAAUAUCAAUGCUAGGUUGGUUGCUAAAUGACAAUGCUAGGUUAGCUGGCUUAAUGACAAUGCUAGGUUAGCUAGCUAGCUAAAUAACCGUGCUAGUGUUACCUUACUAACGUAGCUAGCCUAAUAUCCAUAAUCAUGUAAUUUAGUUAAAUAACCAUCCUAGUGUGGUUUGCUAAUUACCCAUGCUGUUAUCUAGCUAGCCAAGUAACCAUGCUACAAAGGCCCUAUGUUUUAAAGGAUUUCAGUGUUUUAUUAAACAAAUGUUGGGUUUGUGACACUAGAGCAUGUGAGAAGCUGAAGUCAGCAUGCUGCAGAUGACACUCUUCCAUAAAUAACAACAGCAACGUUUAUUUAUAUUAUUGAACCAGAAUGAAAUAAUUACGUAUUAGUCACAAGGUAGCAAGACAAAGUGUGUCACAAAGUAACUUCUAAAAGCUUAACAAGAAAUAUGUAAGAAUUUCUUGUAGAUUAGCUGAAUUGCAGUAAUAACCAAAUAACAUCUUUAAAGGUUCCCAUAUGGAGAUAUGAGUGGCAUUGCAAGAAGCAGUGAAAUCUGCAGAAUCUGUGCCGAAAAAGGGUAUAAACACGACCACCACAGUGCCAGCCUGUGACCUAGUAACGUUAAGCUGUGUGAAGCCUCAGACGAAAUGACCCAUUUCUGUGACCCACCACAGUGUCUGAGAGUGUGUGUAGUGGCCACUCUCGAUUUGUGCUGCCCAAUGUGCCAGCCUGGCAUCAGAGCUCUGCGCGUACAUUUGGUCAUGCCGUUUUACCUGGGUGGCCGGAGGAAGUCUGUGGACAGGGAGGCGGAAACUUUCAAGGAGAAGGGAAAUGCCUUUUACGUUAAGAAAGACUACUCAGAAGCCUUCAAUUACUACACAAAGGCCAUUGAUGCGAGCCCUAAGAAUGCCAGUUAUUACGGUAACCGCGCUGCCACCCUGAUGAUGCUGAGCCGUUUUCGGGAGGCGCUGGAGGACUCCCAGCAGGCUGUGCGACUUGACGAAUGCUUCACGAAAGGCCAUCUAAGAGAAGGAAAGUGCCAUCUGUCGUUAGGAAAUGCCAUGGCUGCCAGCCGCUGCUUUCAGAAGGUCCUGGAAUUGGAUCCCACCAACACUCAGGCCUUACAGGAGCAUAAGAAUGCAGCAGCUCUGUUGGAGUACGAGAAAAUGGCUGAGUUUGGAUUUGAGAAGAGGGAUUUCAGAAAGGUGGUUUUUUGCAUGGACCGGGCGCUGGAGUUUGCUGGAGCCUGUCAUAAAUUCAAAAUCAUGAAGGCAGAGUGUUUGGCUUUGCUGGGAAGAUACCCUGAAGCCCAGUCUGUUGCCAGUGAUAUCCUCAGAAUGGACUCCACUAAUGCUGAUGCCCUCUAUGUGCGAGGUCUGUGCCUUUAUUACGAGGACUGCAUUGAGAAGGCCGUUCAGUUUUUCAUCCAGGCCCUGCGCAUGGCACCCGAUCACGAGAAAGCUCGAUUAGCCUGCAGAAAUGCUAAAGCUCUGAAGGCGAAGAAAGAAGAGGGUAAUAAUGCCUUUAAGGAUCGUGAUUAUGAUGCUGCAUAUCAGCUGUACUCAGAGGCCCUGACCAUCGACCCAAACAACAUCAAAACAAACGCCAAGCUCUACUGCAACAGAGCCACAGCCGGAGUCAAGCUAAAUAAACGGGAGCAGGCCAUUGAGGACUGCAGCAGUGCCAUCAAACUAGACGAGAGCUACAUUAAAGCAUAUCUGAGGAGAGCUCAGUGCUAUAUGGACAUGGAGCAGUAUGAGGAAGCUGUUCGGGACUACGAGAAAGUCUACCAUACAGAAAAGACGAAAGAACAUAAAACUCUGUUGAAGACCGCUCAGUUAGAACUAAAGAAAAGCAAAAGAAAAGACUACUAUAAGGUCCUCGGAGUCAACAAGGCUGCAACAGAGGAUGAGAUAAAGAAAGCGUACCGGAAACGAGCCCUCAUGCACCACCCAGAUCGGCACAGUGGAGCGAGUGCUGAGGUGCAGAAGGAGGAGGAGAAAAAGUUUAAGGAAGUGGGCGAGGCCUUCACCGUGCUCUCCGACCCCAAGAAGAAAUCUCGCUACGACAGCGGCCAAGACCUGGAAGACGAUAUGGGGAUGGGAGAUUUCGAUGCCAACAACAUCUUCAAGGCCUUCUUUGGUGGACCUCAGAACUUCAGCUUUGAAUCAAAUUCUGCACCUGGAAAUUUCUUUUUCCAGUUUGGCUAAAGCGGAAAACUCCUGUUUGAGUCCAUCAGCUCAGGAACCAGAUGGAAGUUUUUUUUUUUGUUUAAGGUGUUUGUUUUUUUUAUAUAAAGAACUCUGCUCCAGUUUUCCCAGCAUUUUUACUAAAAAAAAUGAUUCAUUACAUCACUCACUCACCCAUUACCCAGAGUUCACCUAAACCUCUCUCUCUCGUCCUCUGCAGGCCUACAGUAACUGUUUUCACUUGUCUGAUCAUUUACUGGCCUGUUGGAAGAAGCUUGAAAAUACUUUUGUUUGUUUGUUUGUUUUUUUAACAAAAAUGAAAAAGAAUAAAAAUAAAUAGAAUGUAAGAUUAGGUAUGGAUGAAUUUAGAAAAGGUGAGGGAGGUAAAGAUGCUCUCUCUCUCUAUCUCUCUCUCUCUCUCUCUCUCUCUCUCUCUCUCUCUCUCUUUCUCUGAGCCACAUGGACGAGUUGUCAAAGGUGAACAGCAGCAGCAGCAGAUGGACGUUUCAGGCUUGUGUUUUUGCGCAGUGUAAAUAUGAACACUUUUUUUUUUAUUAAAAUGGAAAUGCUUCAGCUGUUUUCAGCCUAAUCUCUGUUAUAUUGAUUACUAUGGACAGAAACUCUUUUUGGAGAUUUGUUCAUCAUAUUAAUUAUUCAUGUAGUAUUGCCCAGGAAAUUUGACCAAUUUUAUUAAAGAACAGAUUCACUGAGAAAAUCUGCAAUAUCAAAAAAUAAUUACAUUCUAUAUUAUAUUAUAAGGACAUAAAUAUUGAUUAUGUGUAUUAAAUUAAAUUUAAUGUACAAUAAAUUGCCAUUUUUUUAAAGAUUCUUUUUUAUUUUUAUAUGAUAAGUCUUGGUCUUGUUUCAAUACUAAAAGUUUUGACUCAGACUUAUCUUAUAAAAUAAAGCCGUUGUUAAGCUUUUUAAGAUCUGUACUGAUAAAACUCAGCCUCUUUUGUCUGUUAUAUGCAUAUUUUGAGUUUUUAAUGCAUCACUGUCCCUAGUAAUAGAGAUUGGGUUGAAAAACGCUGGAUUAUUCUUUAAAACCACCUCCGCUGUCCUCUCUGCUACCAAAGCUGUCCGCACUCAGGGCUCCUCUGGGCUACGUUGUGGCCAUGCGGUUCAUAACCCCUGUACAUAAUAGAUUAUACAUAUGUAUACGCGAUGUGUAUAACAUCAGUUUUAAUAUGUAGUACAAGUUAGUGUAACCCACUGGUGCUACUUUUGACCACACAGACUAUUGUUGUGUCCAGUGUGUCUAAAACGGCUCGUGAUUAAAAACAGGACUUGAUUCCGUGUUUUAGAUCAUAAGGAACCCUGUAACUGUGGGCGUUUCCGGUCCAUUGUGGUGCACUCCUGUCUUUUUUUUUGGGUAACGUUAAAGAAAUUGGUCAGUUAAAGUUAUGCUAAUGUUGCCAACGUUGAAUAAAAGUCAGUAGCAACUAAUUAUAGCAUAACAUUUAUGAACUCAUGCUAAUGCUAAUGCUAAUGACUUUUAUUCUCCAAACAAAAUGUUAGCGUAUCUAUAAACCGCCCCGGAUGCACACACGCGCUCAUGGACAUGGACGGGGUCUCUCUCUUCCUCCUGUGUGGCUUUAUUGGUUCAUUUUACUGGAAUGUAAAGUUUUGCUCGUGUUCAUAAUGGAUUAUCUUUUAAUCUAUUCUAGUUUUUGGUCGUAUGUUUGUAUUUAUUGUACAGUGAUACGGAAAGCUACAGCUAGCAGCUAGUCUCCCACGUUUUAUAAACCUCAGAACACACGAAAAGGAGGAAUAAGUGUUAUGCAAUUUGUCAUUAGUAUUUUUUUCUUUUUAAAUAAAAACAUUUCGGCCACUAUGCAGUAAACUAAACUGGGCAUGCUGCAGCGAUAGAAGUCUGAUAAAUCAGGUUUUUAUUUUCCUGUACAUUGUCAAAAACUGAAAAUGCUCACAAUUUGUAAAGUCAAAAUUGCCAAUAAACUGUAAAAGCUCA